AUGCUAAAAUUGAAUUCUGCUAAAAUCGCGUGUGCCAAAAUCGGGGCCGUUCUCGCAUGUGUUGCCAAUUGUCUUGAUUUUCAUCUGAGUUUCUUGAAUUAUUUGGAGAAUCAGGAAAACAAUGGUGAAGAUAAGCCGUGGAACGGAACCAUUUGGGCGGUUCUGGUGGCCGGAUCUAAUGGAUGGUUCAAUUAUAGACAUCAGGCAGAUAUAUGUCACGCAUACCAAGUGCUUCACGAGCACGGAGUGAGCGAUCAAAACAUAAUAGUUAUGAUGUACGACGAUAUCGCACAUAAUGAACAAAACCCAACCAAAGGUGUUAUCAUUAAUAAACCCAAUGGACGGGAUGUGUAUAAAGGAGUUCCCAAAGAUUACAUCAAUAGCGAAGUGACUCCAGAUAUGUUCCUAAAGGUCUUACAGGGAGAUCAGGGUCUCCAUCAAAAGGGCAAAAAAGUGAUCAAAAGCGGUCCAAACGAUCAUAUAUUCGUGUAUUUCGCAGAUCACGGCGCGCCCGGACUCAUAGCCUUCCCUAGCGAUGAGCUCUACGCCAAAGACUUAAAUAAAGCACUGAAAACAAUGGCUCACCAAAAGAAGUUCAACAAAAUGGUUAUUUAUAUCGAGGCGUGUGAAAGCGGUUCAAUGUUUUCCGGAUUAUUGCCUAAAAAUAUCAAUAUCUUCGCGACCACUGCCGCCAACUCUAGCGAAUCGAGUUAUGCCUGUUAUUACGAUGAACUCCGGGAGACCUAUUUGGGUGAUGUCUAUUCAGUGAAUUGGAUCGAAGACAGCGAUUCCCGGCAUUCGCUGUCCAGCGAGACAUUACAGCAACAGUUUAGACGAGUGCUCAAAGAGACCAACACUUCACACGUCGAAGAGUUUGGCGAUAGGACUAUAGGACAGAUGAGUUUGAGUCAAUUCCAGGGCUCUAAGACUUACAACAAGACUUAUGAGGGAAAGGCGCUCAUAACGGAUGCGGUGCCGAGCGGUGAUGUGCCCAUCGCUAUAGCCUUCAAACGACUCAAUACACGCCAAACAGAAGAGCAAACGUUUGUCAAUAAAUUCAAAUACGAAGAACUACUGAGAGCUCGAAGUUUUCUCAUCACUUCUGUCAAACAUUUGAUCCGAGAAUUGGAUGUGAAGAACGUCUCGGCGGACAGUAUUUGGAGCGAUAAGAAAGAGCUGAUAAAUCAUGAAUGUUAUGUCAAUUUGAUUCAACACUUCGACAAUCAUUGUUUCGAUCUCUCGACACAUCCUUUUGCGCUCAGAUUUCUCUAUGUCUUCGUUAAUGUCUGCGAAACCUUAGAAAACGUGAAUAUAGGAAACGCUCACAUCAUUGAGAGUUGGAUUUCACGUAUUGUUCGCCACUGUUCUCAUCACAUCUCUGGACAUCCAUUCAAACAAAUUCUUUGAUAAACUCAAACCUUGAUUAACAUAACGAUAAGAAUUUGCCCUUAAAAUCAAAUUAUCAUCAAUUUUUUAUUUAAUUAGAAAUAUUUUACAAAAUAUCGUUUAAUUACUGUUUUUUCAAAUAUAUAUUUCAAUU